UGUGAGGAUGGGGAAGGAGCUGCUACUGAGGCUGAGCUUCUUCGUGCUCUGUGUGGUCUUUUAUGGAAACACUCAAGAACAGGACGACAAAGUCACUCUGACAGCAGACAGCGAGAUCAUUCAACAUCCAGGAGGCAGAGUGACACUGAUCUGUAAUGCAAACAAACCUGCAAACAAACCUGCUGCUUUAACGUAUGAGCUUUUUAGACGCUCCUCAUUCCAAGGUGAAAAAUUAACUGGUAGAUCAAAUGGAGUUUUCAGGAUUACUGAAGGAGGGAUCUACAGGUGCAGAGGAUUUAUAGAGAGAUUCCUCUCACCUAUGAGCGAUGAUGUCACCAUUAAGGAGACUGUUUCCAACAGAGUUUCAGUGACUAUGGAGCCCAAAUGGUCUCAGAUAUUUAGUGGAGAGAAAGUCACUCUGAGAUGUGAGAUCAGAGGAGGUGAAGGAACUGAGUGGACGUAUGAAUGGAGAACAAGCAACAGAAACUCUCCAACAUCCAGUGAAUACAGGAUCAACGGCGCUACUGAAUCUGACAGUGGAGAAUACAGCUGCAGGGCUAAAAGUGACUAUCAGCUAACAGACUGGAGUAAUACCUUCAGACUGUCAGUGUUGUUACGGAAGCCCAGAGCCACAGUGACAGCAAAUAACACAAUCAUACCAGCAGGGGGCGGUGUAACAUUGAGAUGUUCAGUGGACGGCUCUGCUGAUUGGAAGAUUUCCUGGUUCAAACAGGAGUUUGAGUCUUCUAGAGUCUUCAUUAAAAACAAUGAACCAGACGGAGUCCUCGUCGUCUCAGUUGGAGGUCUGUACAGCUGCAGAGGAGAAAGAGGAGAUUCAGGUUUCUACACUGAAACCAGCAAUAAGGUCACUGUUCAGAAAACAGUUUCCAUUAAACCCACUGUGAUCCUGCAACCCAACUGGUCUCACAUUUACAUUGGAGAGAAAGUUACCCUUAAGUGUGAGAUUCAAGAUGGACGAUUUAGGCAUGGAACAAAUCAAUGGAGAAAAAACGACUUGGAUAAACCUGGAAUGUUCCAAGAAUACACGAUCACCGCUGCAACAGAAUCUGACAACGGAGAUUACAGCUGCAGAGCAGUAGACAGGUUCUCCUUAUCAGUGUGGAGUGAUGUUUUCACAUUAGCUGCAUUACGGAAGCCCAGAGCCACAGUGACAGCAAAGAACACAAUCAUACCAGCAGGGGGCGGUGUAACAUUGAGAUGUUCAGUGGACGGCUCUGCUGAUUGGAAGAUUUCCUGGUUCAGACAGGAGUUUGAGUCUUCUAGAACUACCAACAUUAAAAACAAUGAACCAGACGGAGUCCUUGUCGUCUCAGUUGGAGGUCUGUACAGCUGCAGAGGAGAAAGAGGAGAUUCAGGUUUCUACACUGAAACCAGCAACAAGCUCAUUGUUCAGAAAACUGAUAAACUCUCUGUGUCUCCAUCAUGGCCGAAUCCUGGAGCCUCAGUGACUCUGAGCUGUGAGGGUUUGGAGCUUCAAUCAGCAGGAUGGAGGUUCUUCUGGUAUAAAGUUGUUCCUGAUCCAUCCAAGCAAAACUAUCGACCAUCCUACAGCUUUGAGCUGCUUCCUGGCAGCACCAAUGGGACCGAGCAGAACUCCUUCAUUAUUAAUGGACCGACUCACACAGCAGGAUUUGUGUGCAGAGCAGGAAGAGACAAAUCAGUGUUUUACACUUAUUACAGUGAACCAGAGUUUGUCUGGUCAGCAGGUUCAGCAGCAGCUUCUCUCACUGUGAGUCCUGACAGAGUUCAACACUUUAUGUCUGAAUCUGUCACACUGACCUGUAAAGGAAACUCUACUGACUGGAGAGUGAAGGUGUUUACAGAAACAGGCAGACUGUCAGACAUUACCUGCUCAAACUGGGGGAGAAUGACUGGAUCUACAUGUACCAUCAACAUGUACUUGUCUGAUAGUGGAGUUUACUGGUGUGAGUCUGGAUCAGGAGAGUUCAGCAAUGCAGUGAACAUCACUGUACAGGGUGAUUAUUCUGCUCCUCUCCUGGUGAGCCCUGUUCAUCCUGUGACUGAAGGAGAUCCUGUUACUCUGAGCUGCAGAGAUAAAAAACAAAAUCUUCUCUCCAAAGUGUUUUUCUAUCAUAAUAAUAAACUCAUCAAUAAUGACAGCAGAGAGGAGCUGAAUAUCUCUGCAGUGUCAAAGUCAGAUGAAGGUUUCUACAAAUGUCAACAUUCAGGAAAAGAGUCACCAAGGAGCUGGAUGUCUGUUAGAGUAACUGUAUCCAGUCCUGUCAGUUCUUCAUUUCCUGUCAUGUUGAUCGUUGGACCAGUUGUUGGAAUCGUUCUCAUUAUUCUCAUUAUUCUCCUGAUCUUGUUGUGGCGCUGCAGACGGUCCAAAGAUUCAUGGUUUAUCAGCUCCAAUCAGUCAGAGAGCAGCAAUCAGAGCUCCAACAGAAACGACGUCGUCAACCAGACUGGACGCCAUGAUUGCAACGCUCUUGUUCACGACAAUAAUUUGUUAUGCCAGACAACGAAAAGGAAACUAAGUGGUAAAAAAGGUGAUGUUGGUCUCUAUGAGUCGGUCAAAACCCCUGGAGCUGCAGGAGACGGUGAUGCUCAUUUCUAUGAGUCGGUUAAAUACCCUGAAACUGCAGGAGAAGAAGAAUCGGAAGGUGCUGCAUAUUGUCUCGUUGAAGUGGUGAACGUAGGACACAAGAGGAAGCCUCAUGAGCGCACUCCUUACUCUGUACUGAGAACAAGAGAUUCAGGAACAUGGAGUCCUGCAGCAACAGAUGAGGCCGUUUAUUCAGAAAUCGCCAUGGAUACCGCAAGCUAAGCUGGUUCAAGCUGCUAAAUACGAGACAAACUUUGCUAUAAGGAUGUAAAGAAAGCUGUUUAUAAACACAAAGCAUUUCAACAAUAAAAUGAUAUAUAGCCAGAUGUUUGUAGUUUUGAUAUACAUGCUUAUGAAGGAUCAAUAUUGUUUUUGAGCAUAAUCUAUCAGCUUUUUAUUUAAUUCAUGUUUGAGAAUUUGCAACAUUGCAUUUAGGCUUUUUGAGAAAGUAGCGAGAGGGAAAAGUGAGAUAUAUGAACUUCUGUAACUUAGGAACUUAGGAGCUUUUUUGCCUGACUAAAUUUUAAACGAUGUUAAUUUCGCACAUAGCAUAGAUAAACUUUUAAUUGUCAUUAAAUUUGAGCCACAAUCCCCAGAAUUACAAGCAAUAAAAUCUUGUAAUAUCUCACUCUGUGCAAUGAAUCUAUUUAAUGUAUGAUUUUUGCUUUCCAAGGUAAGUUUUCCAUGACAUUUGAAUUUUUUGAGUUGCAUUUGUAUAUCAUCGCCUUCCUAAAGUAAUGGCCUAUGUCUUUUU